AUGGAUUGGAUAAUUAUAAGAACUAAAAUUGCAACUGAUUAUAAAAGAUAAUGCUCUGAAUUUUCAAAGCCUGUAAAUGAAGCUAUAGUUCGAACUUAUUAAACUAAAGCGAAUGAUAUUAAUAUAAUUUUUAGAGGAAAUUACAAGCUAAAUUUUAAUUAGAGAAUGUUAGAUUAAGAUUUAAUUUUAUUACUAUCUUGUCUUCAAAAUUAUAAAGAACAUAUCAAACACAUUGAUCUAUCAUUUAAUGAAAUCACUAAUGUAGGAGUUCAAGAAUUAUCAAAAUUUUUAUCAGGUACUCAAUCUUAAUUAAAUAAAUAAGGAUGUAAUUCAUUGGAAAGCCUAAAUUUACAGAGUAAUAAAAUUGGUAUAGAAGGAGGUGAAUUGAUUGCAGAAGGUAUUAAAGAUAUACAUACUUUGACUCAUUUGAAUCUGAACUUUAAUAAUUUAUAAACAAAAGGGGCAAUGUCUAUUGUUGAAAUGUUAUUUAAUAAUAAAACAAUAUUAGAAUUAAAUUUAGCUAAUAAUGGUAUUGAUCAUGAUGGUGUGAUUGUAAAUAAUCUAUAUAGAUUUAUUAGGCAAUUACAUCAAUUUUGAAUUGGAAGAAUAAUUCAUUAUAAAUUUUAAAUUUAGAUAAUCCAGUUUAUCAUUCUAUUGGAUAAGAGACAGCAAUACAUUUUGGCAAAAUGUUUCAUUCUAAUAGAGGAUUGGAAAAGAUAUCUUUACAAAAACAUAAUUUUACAUGUGAUGCCAUAUACAUAAUUACAGAACAUUUAUUAGAAAACAAUAAAUUAAGAGUCUUAGAUUUAACAGCAAAUAGAAUUUCAUUUAAAGGAUGUGAAGCUAUUGCUAAAUAUUUAUGUGGAGAAUAUUGUGUUUUAGAGAGUCUUAUAUUAACAUCAAAUAGAACAGGACAUUAUGGAGCAAAAGCAAUUGCAUAGGCUUUAAGCAAGAAUGUAAAUAUAUCAAAUUAUAUUUUAGAGAACCUUAAUACAUUUAGAUAUGGUUAGAAAUGAUAUUGAUGAUAAUGGUCUAAAAAUGAUUGCAGAAUCAUUAGAAACUAAUGAUAUGCUUGUAUCACUUAAGCUUUAUUAAAAUCAUUUUGGUUAGAUGGCUUUAUAAGCAUUUCAUAAAUACAGAAUGAAAAAUAAUAAAAAAUAAGGUAGUUCAUUAUUUAUUAUAUAUUAUUCUUGCAGCUGAAAGAUUCUGGGAUUUCCAUACUUACAUUGUAGACAAUCAUAUUGAAAUGGCUUAUGUAGAAUAAAACAUUCCAUACGAUAUUUAAGUAUCAAGUCAAUAUUUUAUUAAUUGA